UUCUCGUUGCCUCCCUCCUCCGCUGUAAUGGAGUCGUGUGUAAUGGAAUGGCCGGAGUGCCCGGUCUGCCUCCAGAACUACGACGACAGGAGCGUUCUCCCACGCGUGCUCGGCUGUGGGCACACGGCCUGCGAGGCUUGCCUCGGAAACCUGCCCCAAAGGUAUCCACAGACGAUUCGUUGCCCGGCGUGUAACCAGCUCGUCAAGUACCCUGCUCAAGGCCCCUCCGCUCUGCCCAAGAACAUCGACCUCCUCCGUCUCUGUCCUCCUCAAAUCCCGAAUCCCAAACCCCAAAUUGAAAACAAGGAACGCUCCCAGAAUUACGGUGAUCGCCAUCAGUUUUUACCUCGAUUUUGGUCUGAAGAGUUCUAUUCUCUUUGGAAGGACUGGGUCCUCCCGUACGAGUCCGUUUUGGUUGAACCAAACGAUGAAGACGAAGGCAAAGGUAUUUGUGCUGUGGUACAUGGGAGAACUGCCUCUGCUUCUUCAUUGUCGAUUCGAGGCAGGUUCACAGAGAACCAAAGGGUGAGUCUUGUACGGAUCGUUUCUUUACCUACUGUGAGUGACUCUUCUGUGUUUGAUUAUAGCUAUGUUGCGCGGAUUAUGAAAUGUUUGAGUGGAAUGGAAGAGACGGAAAGAGAUGAAUUAGGUUUGAUCUUGAGAGCAUCUUUGGGACAACAGAGUGGGAUGCAUAAAGUUUAUGGCUUGUGGGGUGAUUUGGAUGGUGGGUUCUUGGAUUUAGUGUGUGAGAGACAGAGAGGGAAUUUGUUGGAGAAGUUGGGUGACUUCAUUAAUGGGGAGGGUUUAACUAAAGAUGGGAUGUCUGGUUUUUCGCUGGUCGGUGCGGGAAUUUGUGAGGCAGUAAUUAGUUUGCAUUUGGAAGGCUUGCUUUUGGGUAGUUUGGAUCUUUCAUGCUUUAGUUUCGACAAUUUCAGUCGUGUUCAUGUUGAUUUGAGUGGGGUAUUGGUGGCAGGAACGAAGGUUCAUGAGAGUGUUAUAGAAGCCGUUUCUGGAAGGUCAAGAAUUGAUGAUGAUGCAUUGGGAGUGAUUUUCAGUAGUUUGUUAAAAAGCAAGGUUUUUUUGAGCCCGGAGCUGUUGCUCGAGUUAUUGCAAAAAGAGGGCAUUGCAGUAGAAUGUGGAACCUCAGGUUAUUCGUUAAGUUUUAGCUCAGAUGUUUGGUCAUUAGCUUGUGUGCUAAUGAUGGUUAUACUUGGAAAAUCAUUCACAGAACAGAUUUCAGAAAUAAGCAUAGAAGGUUCUGAUUAUUCUACUUUUCACCUCAGGUGGGUGGAGAAAGUUAGUUCUUUGUUGGAGAAAAAUUUGGGUUCAGAAUAUGACUCAUCCAGUCAGAUCCUCUGUAAAUGUUUGAAUUUGGAUCCAGAAAGUCGCCCACUUGCAACUGAUGUGAGAAGAUGCCUAAGGGAAUUGUUAAUCAAGCCUCAAUUUGAUGCCUUAGGUGGUCUUGAGGAUGUAAAAGGGGACAGAACUGUGCAUUGCAUGAUUCUUGGGAAACUGUGUCGGUUGCCCACUAAAAGUGCAGAAAUGUACAAAAAAGAUGGUGGGGAAGAUAUUGAUCAAGGUGAUGAGGGGGUUGACCAAAACUCUGUUGAAGUUCUCUCUAAAGGAGCUACCAAAUUUAAAGAUCUUCAGGGCCAUCUUGAUUGUAUUACAGGUUUAGCAGUUGGAGGGGAUUUUCUGUUUAGCUCCUCAUUUGAUAAAACUGUACGUGUAUGGUCUUUGCAGGACUUCUCUCAUGUACACACAUUUAGAGGUCAUGAACAUAGAGUCAUGGCUCUAGUUUAUGUGGAUGAAGAACAACUGUGCAUAAGUGGUGAUAGUGGCGGUGGUAUAUUUGUCUGGAGUAGUACUGUCCCUCUUGGACAGGAUCCUUUAAAGAAAUGGUAUGAGCAGAAAGAUUGGCGCUAUAGUGGUAUUCAUGCACUGACCAUUUCAGGAAAUGGCCAUAUCUAUUCUGGCAGUGGAGAUAAAUCGAUAAAAGGAUGGUCAUUGCGGGAUGGCACUCUAUCAUGCACAAUGAUUGGACAUAAAUCAGUAGUUUCCACUCUUGCAGUAUGUGAUGGGAUUCUUUACAGUGGAAGUUGGGAUGGAACAAUCCGAUUAUGGAGUCUUAGUGAUCAUAGUCCAUUAGCAGUAUUGGGGGAAGAUAUGCCUGGAAAUGUGACCUCUGUCCUAGCCCUUGCUGCUAAUGGGCACAUGCUAGUUGCAGCUCAUGAAAAUGGAAGUAUCAAGGUCUGGAAGAAUGAUGCACUAAUGAAAUCGACAAAAUUACACAAUGGUGCUAUAUUUACUGCUAGUGUGGAGGGUAAAUGGCUAUUUACAGGAGGUUGGGACAAAAGUGUCAAAGUACAGGAAUUAUCAGGAGAUGAGUUUCAAAUAGAUGUUAUACCAACUGGGUCCAUCCCUUGCAAUUCUGUGAUUACAGCUUUGUUUUGCUGGAAAGGAAAGCUUAUAGUCGGAUAUGCUGAUAGGUCUAUCAAGGUGUAUUAUUAUGGAAAGUGAUCAUAGUGUCACCUAGUAUGCUGUUAUUUCUUUCCUUUACAUCAUCGAGCAGUGCCAGACUCAGUUCUUCGCAGUUUCAUUGAGUUGCUCAAUUUCGGUGUCAUGCUGGAUUUGUGAAUCUCAGUUUGACUCUCCAGGUUAUUAUGUCGAAUGCGAUCAAUGCACUUUGAUGAUGUUACCGAAAGACGAUCACUAGAUCCAGUGGGUUUUAGCGUAAUACCAGGUUCUGUAAUUAUUUCCACAAGCAAAAUAUAUUAAGAUGUAGAGUGUGAGGUAUUUUUC